CGAUGUGUUCAUCAACUUUGGUGGAGAAAACAUCGGUCGAAGGUUUGUUUCUCAUCUCCACUCUGUCCUUUUACAAGCUCAAGUCAAAGCUUUUAUUAGUCAGGAGAAUCUGCAUGAGGGAAUGAAGUUGGAAGAGCACAUGAGAGCAAUAGGACACACUAAGAUUACAAUAAUCGUUUUCUCCAAAUCAUACACUGAAUCUGCUUGCUCUCUUCUUGAGCUUGAAAAAAUCAUUGAAUGCUACGAAACAUUUGGCCAAAUAGUUGUGCCCGUAUUUUACGAGAUUGACCCUUUAGAUGUACGUCAUCAGAAGGAUGAUUUUGGGAAAACAUUGGAAGACACUGCACACAGAAGCUAUGCAGGAAAACAACUGCAACAUGCGCGGUCCAGGUGGAGCAGUGCACUCAAUAGAGUUGCAGGUAUGACUGGUUGGGAUGUCAGAUAUUUCAGGCAUGAUGCUCAACUUGUGGAGGUAAUUGUUAGGCGCGUUAAGGAAUUACUGGACUACAAAGACAUGUUUAUUACCCAAUAUCCUGUUGCAUUAUUAGAGUCCCGCGUGGAAGACGUGAUUAAAUAUAUUGAGAAUCAACCCUCCAAAGUGUGUAUCAUAGGAAUAUGGGGAUUCAGAGGAUCAGGGUAUGUUGCUUUGCAAGAAAAUCUUCUUUCUGAUGUCCUAAAAUCAAAGUUGAUGGUGGGAGGCGUUGGGAUCGGAAGAAUUUAUAUCCAGAAUGAAUUUUGUAGAAGGAAGUUGUUGAUUGUGCUUGAUGAUGUAAAUGAGUUUGGCCAAUUGGAAAACCUAUGCGGGUCUCGUGAAUGGUUCGGUCAAGGAACUGUGAUAAUCAUUACAACUAGAGAUCUUCACUUACUGAAACAACUCGAAAAUAAUUAUGUUUAUCAAAAUGAAUCACUUGAAGCAAAACCAAGAAAAAAAUUGAAGGAACUUGAUAGAGACAUAGUUAAUUAUUGUGAAGGAUUACCACUGGCUCUUCAGUUCCUUGGUUCCUAUUUAUGUGAUAAAACAAUAGAAGGGUGGAGAAGUCUAUUGAGGAAAUUACAAAGAAUACACGGGGAUAAUCUUCUGAAGGUAUUAAAAAUAAGUUUUGACGGUUUACGUGAUACUGAAAAGGAUAUACUUCUUGAUCUAUGUUGUUUCUUUAAAGGCAAAGAAAAAGACUAUGUAACCGAUAUAUUAAAUGGCUGUGGACUACGUGCUGAUAUUGGAAUAACAGUUCUCAUACAGCGUGGCCUCAUAAAAGUUGACAGAAAUAACAAACUUCAAAUGCAUCCUUUGUUACAAUACAUGGGAAGAGAAAUUAUUCGUCAAGUAUGCCCAGAGGAACCGGGGAAAAGGAGUCGAUUGUGGUUGCAGGAUGACGUUAAAGAUGUACUGAUACAGAAAACUGGGACAGAAGCUAUCCAGGGAUUGUCCCUGAAACUGCAUUCAACAAGCAGAGAUUGCUUCAAAACUCAUGCUUUCAAGGAAAUGAAGAAAUUAAGACUUCUACGACUAGAUCAUGUACAACUUGUCGGAGAUUAUGGGCACAUUUCUAAAGAACUGAGAUGGAUUUGCUGGAAAGGAUUCCCUUCUAAAUACAUUCCAAAAAACUUGUACAUGGGAAAUGUAAUUGCAAUUGAUUUAAGGCAUAGUCAUCUUCAAUACGUCUGGAAACCACCCCAGAUUUUAGAGCAGUUACAAUUCCUUAAUCUUAGUCACUCCAAAUACUUGAAAGAAACACCUGACUUUUCCAGACUACCAAGUCUUGAACAGCUCAUUCUAAAAGAUUGUCCAAGUUUGCUCAAGGUACACCCAUCCAUUGCUGAUCUCUCCAACAUACGAGUGAUAAAUUUGAAGGAUUGCAAAAGUCUACGCUAUCUUCCAAGAGAGGUAUAUAAGUUGAAAUCUUUAAAAACUCUCAUCCUAUCUGGUUGUUCGAAGGUUGGCCCUAUAGAUAUAUCACAGGUGAAAUCCUUGGUAAAUAUAAUUUGCUUAAAACAAAACUGUGAAACAAACAUCGAUGAAUUGUAAGCUAAAAGAAUGUAUUUAUUGUUGGACUAAACUUUAGGAGAAUAAUAACAAUCAAUUUGGGAAUCUCAAUUUGUAUUUUUACUGCAAGUA